ACCCCCAUUCCUUCCACCCUCCUUCACCUUCUCUUUAUUCUUCAGUCGAUCUUCAAUCUUAAUCGCGCUCUCACAGUUUAUGGAUCGAGAUGGAUGGAGGUGUUAUUCAACAGUUAUUGAGGAGUAAACUCCAAUAUCAUUCUCCUAAUCCUUUGUUUGUGUCAUCCAUUAUCACAAAGAAAGAUGGUGUUGGUUCUACAAGCAGCAGAUCCUUAAAAGCCCUUGCAUUAAUUGGAGAUGGUGUGUCAGGGUUAUUAGGUUUUGUAACAACAGAAUCAGUUGAUGAAGCAGAGCAUGGUCUGGCUUCUCCAAGUGAUCUAUGGCCUCACGAUGGCAUCCUCAGUUCAUAUGACUGUGCUUCGAUUCGUCGUGGUUAUCAAGUUUAUACACAAGUUUAUGCUUCCUGUCAUUCUAUGUCUUUGAUAUCAUACCGUGAUUUGGUUAGUGUUGCUUACACAGAAGGGGAAGUAAAGGCCAUGGCUGCUGAGAUUGAGGUGGAAGAUGGCCCUAAUGAUGAGGGUGAGAUGUUCACACGUCCCGGUAAACUCAGUGAUCGAUUUCCUCAGCCAUAUGCAAAUGAAUCGGCUGCUAGGUUUGCUAAUGGAGGAGCCUAUCCUCCAGAUCGAAGUCUUGUUACCAAAGCUCGUUACAAUGGUCAGAACUAUGUGUUUUCUCUUCUUACCGGUUAUCGUGACCCCCUUACUGGUGUUGUGAUUAGAGAAGGACUACACUAUAAACCUCACCAAUCGAGCUUCUUCCGAUUCCUCCAUUCGCACACCACCUCUUCAAGAAACUAUGGCCGCCAUUUCGACAAUAAAACCGUGAUUCCCUUCACGAACCAAAUCCAACAACAUCAAUGGCUCAAUCAUCACCAUACAAUAACAAUCCUAACUCACAACAAUGUUAUCAACGCAAAGCAACUUUGA